AACUACCACCUCUAUUUUAUUCAUUCCAUUUGUCCAAAUUUUCACACACAAAAGAAUAUGUCAAUUUCUCAGCUGGCUGGCUGGCCGAGUUUUCUAGCUGGCUCCUCAUUUUUCAGUCUGGCACAACACUAACAUAUCAUUAAAUAUUAAUAUAAAUCUAUUACACAACUCAGUUGUUAAAAAUCUUAAAACCCCUUCUUUUUUUGACUGUUUCAGUUCUGGGUUUCUCUCUGUUUCAGCUCAGAUGCUUUAAAAGGUGCAAUCUUUCUGCUCUUUAUCUAGUAAUCUUUGGUGGGUAUUUUUUAUUUUAGUGUUUUUGAUUGAAUCUUGCUGAAUCUUGAAAAAAUCUGGGGUUUUGGGCUCUGUUUUAGCUCAAGAUUUCAUCUUUAGAUCUGUUAAAAUGAUAGAGACCUGUGUGUUUAAGUUGCUCAUCUGGGUUUUUUGUGUAUUUUUGUAUUUUGCUUGCUUUUCUUGUCAAUUUGUUCCCGCUGAUAAGUAUUAUAUAAAUUGUGGAUCAAAUGAAAAUGUUACCAUUGGUAGUCAGGUUUAUUUGGCUGAUAAUUUAGCUUCAAAGUAUCUUUCUAGCCCAGAUAAUAUUUUAGAGGCUACCACCUCAAAUUCUAUUCCACAGACUGAUGAGUUUGGUCUGUAUAAGAAUGCUAGAAUUUUCACAAAAAGUUCCAAGUAUACCUUUAAGAUUAGCCAAAAGGGGAGGGUUUGGAUCCGGCUUUACCUUUCCCCGUUUGUGUUUAACACUUAUAAUCCAAGUUCAGCAAAGUUUUUGGUUUCAAUUCCCAACCAUGUGUUGCUCAAUGAUUUUAAAUCUGAUUCUGUUGCUAAGAGAGAAUUUUUAGUGAACAUAACUUCCGAUUCACUUGUAAUCACUCUUUCGCCUUCCGAGAAUUCCUUUGCGUUCUUGAAUGCUCUAGAAGUUGUUUCGGCCCCGGAUUUCCUUAUCACUGAUGAUGCACAAGGUGUUAGUCCUGCAGUCAAGUUCGAAGGUUUGCCAACACAGGCGUUGCAGACCAUUAGAAGGGUUAAUAUGGGAGGGCCGACCGUCACUGCCAAAAAUGAUACACUGGGUCGAACUUGGGAACCUGACACGAAAUAUCUUUUGGAUUCUAAUCUUGCUAGAAAUGUAUCAAAAAUAAAUUCUGUCAGGUAUCCUUCGGGAGGAGCUACAGCGGAGUUUGCUCCAAAAACCGUUUAUGGUACUGCCACAAAGAUGAGAUCAGAAGAUGACCCUGGCAGCAAUUUUAAUGUUACAUGGGAUUUCCCUGUUGAUCAGGGGUUUCGAUAUUUUGUACGCUUUCAUUUUUGCGAUGUUGCAAGUAAUUCUACCAAUGAUUUGUACUUCAAUGUGUACCUUGGUCCCUCAAAUGUUUUGCCUGACUUUGAUCUGACGACCAUAAAUCAGAAUUUUCUGGCUACUGCGGUAUAUAGGGAUUUUGUUACUUCAACCAUAUCUAGCAGUAAUCUUCGUGUGAGUAUUGGGCCAUCUUCUUUUGGUAACAGCUAUCCUGAUGCAAUCCUUAAUGGACUCGAGAUAAUGAAGAUAAAUAAUUCUGUUGGAAGCCUUGGUGGAGUGGACACUGUGCCAUCUUCGUCAGGAUCAGGCUCAAAGUCAAAUGUUGGGGUGAUUGUAGGUGUAAUAGCGGGGAUUGCAAUUGUUCUGUUCAUUGUUGGACUGUUCUUUUAUAUUCGCAGGAAAAGGAGACUGGAACGACUUCACCAUUCAAAAACAUGGGUCCCUCUGUCUGUCAAUGCGUCCUACACAAUGGGUAGUAAAUUCUCUAAUGGAACAACUACCAGUGCCGGAUCAGACUUUGGCUACCGAUGUCCUUUUGUGGCAGUUCAAGAGGCAACUAAUAAUUUUGACGAGAGCUGGGUUAUUGGGAUUGGUGGUUUUGGGAAGGUUUACAAGGGAGAGUUCAGUGAUGGCACAAAAGUAGCAGUUAAAAGGGGUAAUCCCAGGUCACAGCAAGGUUUGGCAGAAUUCCGUACCGAAAUUGAAAUGCUUUCGCAAUUUCGUCAUCGGCAUCUUGUUUCCUUGAUAGGCUACUGUGAUGAAAAGAGUGAAAUGAUUCUAAUAUACGAGUAUAUGGAGAAUGGAACUCUUAAGAGUCAUUUGUAUGGCUCUGGUCUUCCUAGCUUGGGUUGGAAGGAGAGACUCGAGAUAUGCAUUGGAUCAGCUAGAGGACUUCACUACCUUCAUACUGGAUAUGCGAAAGCUGUUAUUCAUCGUGAUGUAAAGUCUGCAAACAUAUUGCUCGAUGAAACAUUUUUGGCAAAGGUUGCUGAUUUUGGGCUCUCAAAAACUGGACCCGAAUUAGAUCAAACCCAUGUGAGUACAGCAGUGAAAGGGAGUUUUGGGUACCUUGAUCCCGAGUAUUUUAGAAGGCAACAGCUCACGGAAAAAUCGGAUGUGUAUUCAUUUGGUGUUGUUCUUUUUGAAGUUCUAUGUGCAAGGCCUGUUAUAGAUCCAUCUCUUCCUAGGGAGAUGGUCAACUUGGCUGAAUGGGCAAUGAAGUGGCAGAAGCGAGGACAACUGGAUCAAAUUAUAGAUCCUAAUCUUGCAGGGAAGAUCAAACCAGAUUCUCUUCGAAAGUUUGCAGAAACCGCAGAGAAAUGUUUAGCUGAUUUUGGUGUUGAUCGGCCCUCUAUGGGAGAUGUCCUUUGGAAUCUUGAGUAUGCGCUUCAACUUCAGGAGGCAGUUCUUCAUAAUGAUCCCGAAGAGAACAGUACCAACAUUAUCCGCGAGCUAUCUCCUCAACUCAAUAACUUCAAUAAUGAUGACUCCACCACAUCAGCUGGACAGCAUGACAUGUCAGUCGUGGAUGAUGAUCUUUCAGGUGUUUCGAUGAGCAGAGUUUUCUCUCAACUGGUGAAGUCCGAAGGCAGAUAAGUUCUUCCAAAUGGUAUUUCAUUCUCAUUCAUAUUUUAAAGCUCCCACAUUCUUUUGCGCGUUGAGGGACAAAUUAUUCAAACAGAGUCCGUGCAGCCAAUGCAUUUUCACCUCUCAGAAUGUCUGAAGCACUCUGAUAAAGGAAUGUAAUUGCGUUGCAUGCUCCACAGAUGCAUAAUCGUGGUCUGCCCAGACGGUGGUUCUUAUAAAGUUCGCCAUUAUAUUUUUAGUUGUUUGGAAGAUGUGAAAUACAGUAGAUGUUUUAUUAGCAUGUAAUGUUGAUCUUUGAUAGAAUUUAGUUUAUUCUCUAGUUUGUUUCUUCCUCUAUUUGAAAAGUACAGCAAUUUGUUCAUCCCAUGGUUUCUGAUUGAUUAAAUUUCUAGAGCAAUAUCAUUUUCUCAACACA